AUGGAGCCGUCUCUUCGCCGCGCGGCACAGAGCCUUUGCGGCCAAUGCUCUACGGCUCUUCGUGGGCGUCUAGCUCAACGAGGUGCCGCCAGGCAGCUUGCAGCCAUGUCGAGCCUCUCCAAGACUGCGGCUACGACUUCCUCGAACAAACAGGCAGUGAAGGCGGCAACUGCUGCGACACCGGCGGCGAGAGAAUACUCCUCUCAGUCUGCGCCAUCUUUUAGCUUCAGCAAUUCCGACAAGCCUCCUGUGCCCACUUCUGUCAAGAUCUCGCAGGAUGACCUCUUCCACUCCUUUACCGACUCACCCGUGCCCGAAUUCCGACGCCGCGCCGCAUUCAUGCGUCAGCAUGCCUGCUGCCCUCACCCGGACCACCAGCCGACCAAGAUGUCGACACUUCCCGAGGGCGAGCAACCCGCAACAGGUGAAAUGCCCCCCGCAAAGGUUGAUUUCGAAUGCCCCGACUGCGGCGUUCCCGUAUAUUGCAGCAAGGAGCACUGGAUGGAUCAUUACGAAGAGCACCUGAAAGUUUGCGACACCCUGCGUCAAAUCAACGAAGAUGAUCAUGAUCUGCGCUCCGGAAGAGUCUUUCAUGAGGCCAAUCUGCCUGAUCUCCAGCUUGAUGAUGCCGCUGUGAACAUGAACAACUGGGACACUUUCAUGUACACUCGCGAGUUCAACGCUGUUGAUUCUGACCGAUCCAUGCGCCAGAUCACUCGUCUUUUGACAUAUCCCAUUACAGUUGCCAGCGUUCUUCAUGAGCUUAGCCCCUACAAUCUCCAAAGCGGAGGUCGUCUCACCACCGAAGGCCUCAAGAGUUUUAGUGCUUUGAGAUAUAACCUCCACCCCGGCCGCUCCGGACGCGGUGCUACGAUUCAAACACUUCGUCCCGAACCCCCGCCUGUUCGAGUCUUUGUUCUAGGAGCUCGUGCUGAGUCGUCCCUACCGCGGUCUACCUGGGUGCAACUGGCGCAUCUAUUCCCCGAGUCUAGGCUGCAUCUCAUCAUGGUUGGCCCCGAGAGCAUGGCUAACCGUGAUGAUGAGUUUCCUCUUCCCGAACGCACGCCGUCGAACCCAUUCGGCGCGAUUGUCGAGGAUAGAGUUUGGUACAAGAUGAAGAUUAGCACUAUCGUGGACUACUACCACACCAUCCACAAGACCGGCCACUUUGCGCCUUAUGACCCGUACUUCGACUGCUUCGUCCUCUUCCACCCCGGCCUUGGCCAUCCCGCCAGCAGUCACGAGUGGGAGGAGACUCUGCCUCUGCUUUUGGAGACCAAGGUGCCUAUCAUCAGCACUGGCUACACACAGCAGGAUUUGGACCGCGAUGUCGAAUGGGUCCGAAACAAGUCGCGUGGCGAGUUUGAUAUUCUGCUUGAGCCUGGGGAGAACAACUUCAGAAGUCUCCGGUGGGACCUCAACGACGCCGACCCUCAGGAUAUUACCUGUGGCAACUGGGGCGUGUGGGCGUUCCGCGGCAAGAGAUAUGAAACCACAACCAAGGACGAUUGA